AUGCCAUUGAUACAUGAUUUGAAGCCGUUUCUAUACGUGGCUCGUUUAGUUGGCUUGGCGCCGUACUCCAUUCGAGACACGCAACUAUCAUUAUCCAUUGGUGGUUUAUUCUGCUCGCUCUUAUGUCUUACAUUUUGCGGGAAUUGCUUUUACACACGUACCGUCGCUACAUUACAGUUAAAACUGGAGUGGAAAUUAAAAAUACUUACGGUUUUAAGAACUAUUUUAUCAGCAUUGGCUAUUUCCGCAGAUGUGGUACUCUGCGUUUUGUGGACUCAGAAGAUGCAGAUCUGUAUAGAUUAUAUUUUAAAAUACGACUUCGCCAUCAAAUGCAAACUGGAAGAUUCGAAAGGAAGUGCUUUCGUUAUUCGCAGUUACAUAGUCAUCGUUGUUUUAUUCGUCUUCUUCAUUAGUAUGGGAUGGAUUACCGCGAUUUAUGAGCGCGUUGAUUCCGUUGUUACUGGCGUCAUGUACGCGUUGCUUUACAUAAUACUGUCCCUUAGCGUGUUUAAGUUCGUCGCCAUUGUUUGCACCCUUUUAUCGAGAUUCCAGCGCCUUAAUCGAUUAAUUCUAUCAGAUGGCACGACUUUAACGUCACUUGUUGCCGAAGUAGGAGGUGAUCGAAAACGACUUAGAUUACGAGAUGUUUGGUGGCUCCAUGGAUGUCUUGUAGCAGCUGCCGAGGAACUUAAUUCUCUUUAUUCGGUACAAUUGUUUCUGUGGUUUUGUACGUUAACAUUCAAUAUCACAACGAGGAUUUAUGUGUUUUUUGAGGAUGAAUCGUCAUUCAAUUUUAAAAAAUUUCUCCGUGAUGGAGGAAUAGGAUUAUACUUCAUCAUGAUGUUAACUAUCUUGACCGCGAUAUGUCAUAGAACCUCUACCGAGGCUAACAAAGUAGGAACGGUGGUUUUCUCUCCAGGUUCAAAAAUAUUCUCGAGUCGUUCUGCACGUGAAAAGGAAGACAGUUUUCCUAUGGCCCAAUACUUUUUACUUCAUCAAUUUCACUUUUCGGCUGGAAGCGGUUUUUUCCGUAUCAAUUUACAACUUUUACUAACAAUUGCUGGGGCUAUGACCACUUAUUUAGUCAUUCUCAUAGCCCCAGGAGUAUGUUAA